ACCGUCGAGGACCUGCGAAAACACCAGAGAUCAAUUGCGACGGAUCAGGGUGAUUAAGAGGGACAGACAAUGUCAGAGUCGUUCUUUGUUUCUGCGCCAGGGAAGGUCAUUCUCUUCGGUGAACACUCCGUCGUUCACGGGAAGGCAGCAAUCGCAGCAGCCGUCUCACUACGCUCAUACCUCCUCGUUUCCUCAACCCCUGCGACGGGCGUGCCGAAGGUUACGCUUAACUUCGCCGACGUACACCUCCAACACUCGUGGGAUAUCGCUUCCCUACCAUGGUCAUCCGUCACCUCCAAAGACCCCCUAAUCGUCCCGCACAACCUCGAACCAGUCCUCACCGCUGCUCUCGAACCCCAUUUCGCAGACUUCGUCUCCUCCCCCUUCAAACACGCCGCAGCCUACGCAUUCCUCUACCUCUUCCUCCACCUCGCAUCCCCCUCCUCCGCAUCCCUCGACAUAACCUACACCCUCCGCUCAACCCUCCCAAUCGGCGCAGGACUAGGUUCCUCAGCUUCGAUUUCAGUCGCGAUCGCAGCUGGUUUACUCCUCCAAAACACCCACAUCACCCCACCAACACCCACAAAAGACCGAGGAACGGAGUUGAAAUUGAUCGACGCAUGGUCCUUUAUCGGGGAGAAAUGUAUUCAUGGGACGCCCUCGGGGGUGGAUAACGCCGUUGCUUCAUCCGGCGGCGCAGUCGUUUUCCAACGCUCACUUUCCUCACCCACGACACCUCCGGCAAUCACGAACAUAACCACAUUCCCCGCUCUACCACUGCUGCUAACAAACACCCGCGUAGCCAGACGAACAGCAGAACUCGUCGCGGGGGUGGGGAAGUUAACGGGUGCGUUACCGGAUGUCGCUGGGCCGAUACAUGAGGCGAUUCAUGGGAUUUCCGAGAAAGCUACGACGCUUUUGCUGUCACCGCCCUCUCAGCAGGAAUUCGUCGAGGAAUUAUCUCAAUUGGUUCGAAUUAACCACGCCCUCCUCGACGCCCUCGGCGUCUCCCACCCCGCGCUCGAGAAUGUCCGGAGACUCUCUUCCGAAUUCGAUGUCGGUGAGACGAAACUCACCGGUGCCGGAGGCGGGGGCUGCGCCAUCACACUCUUAAAGCACGACGUACAAGAAGACAAGUUGAGGGCGUUGGAAGAGAGGUUGAGGGGGGAGGGGUUCGAGAUGUAUGAGGUUACGUUGGGUGGGAGUGGGGUUGGUGUGUUGAGAGAAAGCGGGGUGGAGGAAGCACAGUUUUUGGGGGCGGAGGGGAGGGAUGGGGUUGAGGAUUUGGUUGGGAGGGGGCGUGCGUGGGAGUUUUGGACUCAAUAGAGGUAUACGUAGUGAUAGAGUGAUAUACCAACCUUUCCAAUGCCAAUGCUAUUUUCCGUGACUACUCAUACCCGCCACAACGUCUAAAAGUUAUAGUACGGCAUACGCGCCCUGAGCGGCUUAUUCUCCAGCGGCACCCAAACCUUCUUAUUCAACC